UUUUGCCAAUUUCAUGACACUCCUUUGCUUAUUAUGGAUGAGUCAACUUCCCACUUAUCCUAAUGAAUCUGUCUAUUUUUAUCUCUGGUCUGAACUGGUUUGACAGUUUACUCAUACCACUUCUCCUUGGUUCAAAUGAGCAUUGCCAAUUUUUCCACUACAGUUGGACAUAAAAGCCUGCUGAUUCUUUUUCUUUGUUAGCGAUGUAUGGAGGUAGCCUUCUAGUACUCUCCUGUUGAUCUGGAUCAAUCACAGAUGUCAUGAUCACCCCAGAGCUGCGUGAUGCGAGGCAUGGUAACUGGAUAUGCAGGAGAAUUCACAAAUUGAAAAAAGGCUGGAUGUUACACCUUUGUAUGUAUCUCUCGCUCAUACUGGCCAUUGCCAUACUAGCAACAAAACUUUCAAAGUGUUCCCAAACUAUGGCAUGUGAGGAUGAAUGGAUUGGAUUAAGAAAAAAGUGUUUCUAUUUUUCCAGUGAUACCAAAAAUUGGACAGCCAGCAAAAGAUUCUGCAGUUCACAGGGAUCAGAACUUGCUCAUAUUGAUACACGAGAGGAUAUGGAUUUUUUGAGGAAACACGCAGGAACUUCUACGCACUGGAUCGGAUUGAACAGAAAACAAGGAGAGUCUUGGAAGUGGACCAAUGGCACCAUAUUCAAUCCUUGGUUUGAAAUUAGUGGGAAUGGAUCCUUUGCAUUUCUGAAUGCUGACGGAGUCCGUAGUUCUAGGGGAUUUAUUGAUGUCAAGUGGAUUUGCAGCAAACCUAAGUUUUAAUAGAGCAAAGAACUGAAAAAUGACCGUGGUACAUCUAAUGGCUAUACCGUGGAUUAGGAGAUUAUAGGGAAUGCAUUGCAAAGCAGAACACUGCUUUCUGGCCAUGCUGAAAACAGCUUAUCUAGUUAAUGUAUAUCCAGGGGGGACACUACACUUUUCUCAUCUAGUUAAUGUAUAUCUAGGGGUUAAGUCUUGUGUAUGCUCAUAAAUUCUUUAGACCAUGGUAUCACACGGAAUAUUUUAUCCUAUUUUAGCUUGUUUUCUGCACAUUUUUGAUAUGUUCAUUCUGGCACGUAGCCCACUGAUGUAUUGUACAUUGUUUCCCUGAAUGCAUGCUUAAUAAAUAUGGGAGCUUGAGAGCAGCUCCGGGAGACUUCCCUUAGUCUUCCUGUCACCUCUUUUGAUUUGCAUGGAGUCUUGAGUAAUCCUUUCUGCCAUCUUCCGUUUUGCUGGACGAAGCCAAAACCCAAACCCACAAAUGACUAUCAUACUUCAGAGAUAAAGUAAAGGCCUAGAUAGGCAACACUUACUUCUCACUUGUUAUGCUAUUGAAUACAGAAUUUUGUGGGGCACCUGGGUGGCUCAGUCUGUUAAGCAUCUGACUUUGGUUCAGGUCAUGAUCUCAGUGUUCAUGAGUUUGAGCUCCGUGUUGGGCACUG